CUGACGGUGUUUGAACGAGGGACGGUUUUUCUCGCAGCGGUAUCAGGAUAACAAGCCCGCGGGUCUCAGUUGUCGUGUCUAACCCUCUCAUUGGACUAAUGAUGAGCUGAAAAUAUCAGCUGCAAAUUUCCUGAAGACUCCUGCGUUUCUGGCGAAGGAGAGACGAGCUUUCCUGCCCGCGCUGUUUGUUUAUCUUCAUGGAGUCGUCGGACUGGAGUUUGUCUCAGAUCUCCCCGCUGCUGCCCGUGGAUUAACACGGGACUCGUCYCUUCUGUGAAGAGCUGUGAUAUCAACUUAACAGCGUGGAUCGUGUUUCCAUGUCGAAGACGAAUUGUUUUUUCUUUUUUUAAAGGCUACUUUGUUCUCGGUUUGGGGGAAAACAACGUGGAAAUUCUGUGAAGUCAACACAAGACCCGGCGGACACUUGUUGAAAACCGUUUCGUACCGAGCAGAUCUUUGCUAAUGUUUAAGGGACUAACUUUAAAGUCGCUUUUUAUACAAGACUAACGGAAGAGUGAAGAAAUGAGUAAGGACGAUUUUGUCUAAAUUAACUGAGAUGACACACACAGCUUAGCUAACUUGGCUAGCUGCCGCUGCUUCGGCUCUCGGUCCACUUGAUGCUGUUAGCGACGACAGCUAACGUCAUGUAAAUAUAGAUUCAAACAAGUAGUUCAUGGAACUGUCUUAAAAUGAAGUUAAACGGAGUAAAAACUUCUAKUUGUUGAGUAUUUUUUCCCGCGAAAGUUGCUGCAAAUAACGAGCAAACGCAAACACCAGCAGAGACUUUUGUUUACUCCCUUUUUGUGUUAACAACUUUUUAUUUAAGGGCGCUUAGCUUAGCAUCGUUAGCUCGGUUCGGAUCAAAGAGCCGAGCUSUCUGCCGGUGGGAACCCGGGUUUUACGGCUCGUGCGCGGGGUGUGUUGUGAACGUCUGAUGGGUUUGCUGCAGCCUUCGCUCACAGGCUUCGGAAGAUAGACCCCCGGCUCCACACACGCUCCACACUUUUUUGUUGUUGUUUAAACCAAGAAGCUGAAGUUGGGGGAAAAACUGCGGCCCGCACACGAUGUCCGGCUCCGCGGGCACAGGUGGCUCGACCCCCAGGAAGUUCAGCGACAAGAUCGCGCUGCACAACCAGAAGCAAGCAGAGGAGACGCGGGCCUUUGAGCAGCUCAUGACGGACCUGACUGUGUCACGGGUGCAGUUUCAGAAGGUCCAGCAGCUUCGUUUGUCCCAGUCCCGGGCGCAGUACUACGGAGGCUCUCUGCCUAACGUCAAUCAAAUCGGCAACACCAACACCGAGUUUCAGGGUGGCUUUCCUUCAGGGUUGGAUUCAGUCAGGGGCACCCGCCACCAUGGACUUGUCGAGAGGGUCCACAGGGACCGCAACCGCAUCAACUCUCCCCACCGCCGACCCAUCGACAAACACGGACGACAGGUGGAGAGCUCUCCUUAUGGAGCCGUGUACCUGUCACCACCUCCAGACAACAACUGGAGAAGGGAACAGCAGCCAUGGACUGAGGAAAAACGCCCUGGGUUUAGAUUAAUAUCACAACUCAACAGAACCAACUCAGACUCAGCUCUACAUACGAGUGCUAUGAACCCCAACCCCCAGGACCCGUUUGGCAUGACUCAGCAGAUGGGCCGAGGACCCCCGCAGCGCAAUGGCUGUCAUGCAGCUAGUGUGAAUGAGGCAGAUGUUGAUGGCGGUGGAGAUGUCUUCUCCUUCCCUGCUUUGCCUAACGAGGAGAAUUUAAUUGGUGUCAGUAAACCUCUUCCUAAGCAGCUAUGGGAGGCCAAAAAGGUUCAGUCUUUGGCAUCAAGACCUAAAUCAUGUGAAGUGCCUGGAAUCAAUAUUUUCCCGUCUCCGGAGCAGAAUCCUGGUUUGUCCCACUACCAGGGCUCAUUAAGUACCGGGGGCUCCCUGCCGGAUCUCAGCAACCUGCAAUUCCCGUCUCCACUGUCCACUCCGCUGGACCCUGAGGACAGCGGAGGGUACCCCAACCUGAGUGGGGGCAGCAGCACCGGAAACCUGCCUGCUGCUAUGAUGCACCUUGGCAUCAGCAACUCACAGGGUUUGUCCUCCUCUUUGAGCAACCCCUCCAUCCAGGCUUCCCUCAACAACUGCCAGCUGCAGUCGUCCCUCAGCAAUCCGUCCAUCAGCUCGUCCCUGCGUCUGACCAGCAGCUCGCCCCGACGACGCCCAGCUCCCAUCAGCCCCCUCACUCUGUCUCCAGGAGCGGAGCAGCGCAGGGGGCUGGCCAAGCAGCUGUCCCCCACUAUGUCCCCCUCGCUGUCCCCUAUCACACAGGGAGUUGCGUUGGACACCAGCAACAUGCCAAGGGAACCGCCCCCACCCUAUCCUCUUUACCAGCAAUCCCAGCAUGCAGUGGAUCAGAGCCGACAGCGGCAGCUGCCGGCAGCACCACAGCAGCCCGUCUCACCGCUUCAGAACAUCCCCUUGGACUUCAACGCUGGACAACAGAACAGCAUGGCAUCAUUCUUCAGUGACCCGUUUGUAGAACAGCAGUUCUCAAAUCGCCACAAUAAGACUCUACAGUAUCAGUUGGACCAGUUCAGUGUGUUGGAAAACGCACUGAGCUCCUCAGCGGGAGGGUCCUGCUACGAUCCUUCAUCCUCUUCCUCCUCGCUCUACCACUCCCAGGCGGCUCUGUCGGGGCUGGGGGGCAGCCACGGCAGCCUGCAAGACCCAAUGCACAUGAGGUCCAACAUGCUGUACUCACACUGCAGUGGGGGGCUGCCCAACAUCAUCCUGACAGAUGAGUCCAACCCGAGCCUGUCGAAGGACAUCAGCAGCGCCCUCUCCACGGUGCCCGAGUGUUUUGACUCGGAGGGAGGCUUCCCGCUGGAGGACGAGCUGCGCAUCGAGCCUCUCAGCCUGGACGGACUGAGCAUGCUCAGUGACCCCGACAUGGUGCUGCCCGACCCGUCCGUGGAGGAUUCUUUCCGCAGUGACAGACUCUGAAUGUGAUGAGCUCUGCACCUUUCCAGACAGCACACACACACACACACACACACACACACACGGAUCUGCAGUGUAAACGUGUACAAAUCUGAAAAUGCAUGCAGACCAGCGCCGCCGUGCACCCCCCCCCCCCCCCCCACACACACACACACACACCUCCCCAAAGUUCUUAAACUGUGAAGGACACGAGCAGAAAGCUUUUCAUAUGCAGACUUGUGAGGACACACUGUUUACACCUGCUUUGCUCCAGCUUCACUGAUGCAUGAGGUUGUUUGAAGCGAUGCAGUCGUGUGUUUAAAACCUGCUCAGCUCCAGCAGAGUCUUUGCUUCUCUCCUCUAAAACCAAAAACUAAAACAAACAAACAAACAAACGAGAGGCGAUCCAGAGUCCUGUGUUUUUCUGUCAUCACCCCCCCCUCCUCUCCCGAAGCUAUGGAAACACCAUAACCAUGGUUACACACCAUAGCAACCCCAUCACCCUGCAGCAGAGCAGCAGAAAUGCCAGCACAUAGUUUACGGUCCUCGCCGCUCUCAUGAAGGCGCUCAGAGCAAAGCUGCAGCAGAGCGUCCAGCAGUCCAGCUCAAAGCCCAGUCCUGGCUCCUGGAGGAGGAGAAGGAGGAGGAGAGGCGUCUCGAGUUUCAAACCAUACUUUUUAAAUGUUUGCCACAGAUUUUUAUUCUAAAUGUAAAUAUUCCUCUGUAAGCCUAAGAUCAUUGUGUUUUCGAAGACAAAAAGGGCAAACCGUUUACAAAGAUGAGAUUGUAUUAAGUUAACAACUAAUAUUUUGAAUUUCCAGCUUAAAAACAGAAAUCUACGAUUUAUUGAAUAAAUGCUAUAUUUUGGAUGAACAUGGACUUUGCUUUCAGGCAGAUCUCAGGCAACACCUGGAACAUCUGAACCCCACUUUUUCUUUUUUUUACAUUUUCCUUUUAAUCCUCAGAUGUACUUUUAUUGCAUACGAUGGUUUUGUUUGUUUUGUACUGACUUGUAAUGGCACUUGUACUGUACUUUGAACCUAAUUGUGAAAAAGGGCAUGCUCUGUGCUACUGUGGCUCGAUGUUUGUACCACACCUGUUUGCAUCUGUUUGUUUUUGUAUCUGAAGUGGAGUGAAGCCCCCCGCGGCUGCACAGGUGGGGCGAGACAUCACAGCUGACCAGGACGCUGUGGACAUCAUGUACAACUGCACUUAACCUUCUUUUUGCACUAAUUGGUUCACCUUGUGUAGACUGAGAUUUUUACACUUUUUACCUGACAACCCAAAGAUAUAUGAAGCCAUUAUGAAGAAACUGUGUGUGUUAGUGUGUUUACACACAUUUUAAAUCCCAUUUAAUAUACAUUCAGUUUUAAUAAUGUAUGAAAAAAACAUUUUUUUCUUUCUUGGUUCUGAGUUUUUGUAAAGAUCUGCAGUGGGUUAUAUAACAGCUCAGCCAUGUUGGGCAUUGAGUGCCCCCUAGUGUCACUUUACUGGAAAAACACUUCUUUUUUAAACCUAUGCAACUUUCCAGAAUGAAACCUGUUGAACAGGAGCAGUUUAUGCAGUCUACACUUGUUUUAUUUGUAGUAUUCUACACAAUGUGAGGGAUCAAAUUAGCUAGAAAUCAAAAUGUGACAUGAGUCCACUGAGCUGUGUCAGCUGAGUCUCUGCAGAUGGAGUCAGGAAGGGUCUCUGUGCAGCUCGUGGGGUCUUUCUGUGCAUGACAGAUUCAGUGUCAAUAUUUGUUAAUUCAGCUCUAGAGYGGGAAUCGUUAGGUUGUUUUCUAAGUGUUUAUGUCGACUCUCAGCUGUUGAUGUUUAUCUUUUUCAUACUAGCAGACUAAUGGAGAUGUAUUUUUGUGUCAUUUUGCUGUUUAUAAGUUGGGUUUGAUUUUCCUCCCUGAGUCCCAGCCUGUUUUCCUGCUGUCUAAACGCCUUCUGCUGCCUUACUUUGUGUUGCUGUAAUCCAGCAGUUCUCUGCAAAAGUUCCUUCUCUUUCUCUUCGGCUCUGUUUGAGCUGCCUGUGGUUCUGUCACCUGGUGUCACUGUCGACUUUUUCCUCUCUUUAUUCGUUAGUUUUCUUUUGUUUUCCCUAUAAACAUGUACAGUUCUGUUAUUUAAAAAUUGUCUCUGCCCUUUAGUGUUACUUUUUUAAGUCUUUUUUGAGUUUUCCCUCAAAGUAUAAAAGUUUAUUGGUUUGUAACAUAUGUUUUAGUGCUUAUCUUUCUGAUUUAAUAUAAUCAAUAAACAAAAGGACACUGUGUAGAAA